CCUUUUCUAACUACGACACAGACACGGUUGAAGGUGGGGUCCGGUGACCUUAUACCCCGGAGAGAUGCCCACCAGAAGGCCUUCUACCUCUCCCUAGCUGAAAGUACAGAGCCUGAGGUGAGAACCAGGAUUUAAAGGGACGUGGAAAUCAGACUACUUUGUGUAUGGAGUGGCAGAGAGGAGGAAUAUAACUCCAGCAGAGGUGAGACCUGAAGCAGAGGAGUGUGAGCAGAGGGUGAUGAGGCUGGGAGACCACCCUGAGGCCUCAUUCAAACCUCUCCAGUCAAGGCCUCCACAGAGUAAUACUCCCUGCAUUGUUUUCUGGGAUAGUCUGGCUUCCAGUCCCAGAGGCAUGGGGAGAUUCAUUUUUGUCCAGCAUAUGAUCAACAUGGACCAGUCGGGGUUAGCCUCUUCACGGGGUUUCUCUAACAGGCCUUUGCCACAGAGACGUGCAGAGUGGGGAGGGGCUCCCUAUAUCCCAAGCUUGCCUAUAUAUAUAUGGUCACUCCCAGAAGACUGAGCCGCUUGAGUGUGUGGAAGCAGCCACAUCAUCUGAUAUCGGCAAACCUAAGACUUCAGGGUUGCUACUCAAACCCAGGCUCCCUGUUUACUUCGAGGAUGGUUAAUCAUGGUCCCAAGGUUCUUCCCCCAUUCACACUCACCGCUCACCUUCGCAGUAAGCCAUAAAACUUUGAACCUCAAUCUGACCCUGGUGGUUAUAUGAGGUAUGGAGGGGAUGAGCCCCAACACACACAGAGGUCCUUCGGUGUAGCAGAAAGGCAAAAGUCGGGAAGCAGAAAGGCAGCGGGGAUCCGAGUCAGGCCGGGCAAACCCCUCUGUGGCCCCGAUCUCGGGGGCCCCCUAUCCGGCGCCCGUCUCCACUGAGGAGCCCUCACGAGGGCCCGCGCGGCCGGUUAUUAAUACCCGGAGCGGCACAUUCCCAGCUGGCAGCAGGACAGGUGGCUGCAGAGGCUCAGGAGCGGGCGUGGCGUAGAACUCUAAGGAGGCGGGAGACCCGCACCACACCGUGUGCCCCGAGCAGAAGCGGACUCAGAACCUCGCACCCUGCCGCCGCCGCCCCGCCUGGGAGAGCGCUCCGGGCUUUCUGCGACAUUAACCAACCUGCGCGCUCGGUGAUGACCACUGGGUCUUGAGUAUCUGAGUGACAGAACGCGGGCGCCGCUCUUAAGCCCAGGGCUGGGAGGCCACCGAUGGCUUCGUGACCGAGGACACAUUUCCUACAGGCCCUCCUCACUGAGCAGUGGGACUCCCCCCUACACACACCAGAAGCCCAGUGUGAGGACAGAGAUGGCGCUGAGCCUGGAGUCAACAACCAGCUUUGCCAUGCUGGCCAUGUCAGGAAACACUGUGUCUGAGUUGCCUGGUGGCCCCAAUGUGUCCCUCAACGGUUCCUGGACUGGCCCAACAGAUCACAGCUCCCUGCAAGACCUGGUGGCUACGGGUGCCAUUGGGGCAGUGCUUUCAGCCAUGGGCGUGGUGGGCGUGGUGGGAAAUGUGUACACGCUGGUGGUCAUGUGCCGAUUCCUGCGUGCCUCAGCCUCCAUGUAUGUCUACGUGGUCAACCUGGCACUGGCUGACCUGCUGUACCUUCUGAGCAUUCCCUUCAUCGUAGCCACCUAUGUCACUAAGGACUGGCACUUUGGAGAUGCGGGCUGCCGUGUUCUCUUUAGCCUGGACUUCCUGACCAUGCAUGCCAGCAUUUUCACCCUGACCAUAAUGAGCAGCGAGCGCUAUGCAGCAGUACUGAGGCCCCUGGACACGGUACAGCGCUCCAAGGGUUACCGUAAGCUGCUGGCGCUGGGCACCUGGUUGCUGGCACUGCUGCUGACCUUACCCAUGAUGCUUGCCAUCCGGCUGGUGCAUAAGGGCCCCAAGAGGCUCUGCCUGCCAGCCUGGGGUCCUCAUGCCCACCGUAUUUAUCUGACACUGCUCUUUGGGACCAGCAUUGUGGGGCCUGGCCUGGUCAUUGGGCUGCUCUACGUCCGCCUGGCCAGGGCCUACUGGCUAUCUCAGCAAGCCUCGUUCAAGCAGACUCGGCGGCUGCCCAACCCCAGGGUGCUGUACCUCAUCUUUGGCAUUGUCCUUCUCUUCUGGGCCUGCUUUCUACCCUUCUGGCUGUGGCAGCUGCUGGCCCAGUACCACAAGACCAUGCCACUGGCACCCCAGACUGCACGCAUCGUCAACUACCUGACCACUUGCCUCACUUACGGCAACAGUUGCAUCAACCCCUUCCUUUAUACACUGCUCACCAAGAACUAUCGUGAGUACCUGCGUGGCCGCCAGCGGGCACUGGGUAGUAGCUGCCGUGGUGGCCCAGGGAGUGCCGGCAGCUUCCUGCCCAGCCGGGCCCACCUCCAGCAGAACUCGGGCCGCUCACUGUCCUCCAGCAGCCAGCAGACCACAGAGACCCUCAUGCUGACCCCGGUACCCCCUAGUAGGGCCUUUGUGUGACAGUGCCCUGUGUGAGCCUAGAGGUUGGAAAGGACCCAAAGCUAGGCCACUCAGGAGCCCAUUCCCAGAAUCCCCUAUUCAAACAUAACCAUCUUGUUUGUCUUCCUCAACUCUCUUCCCGAAAGUUCCCUGUCCUUUCUUCAUUGUUGCUCACUUUGACUCGAUCAGCACCUUUCCUACGGUGCCAACACACUUCUCCUUCAAACCUGUCUCUCAGACUCUUACAGAAGCUGUGGACCAGACCCCCGUGAGUUGAGGCAUCUAAGGUCUGCUUACCCAGAGCAGCUAGUGCCGGGCUGUGAACCUGAUCUGUAGCUGUGAGCCCUUCCGGCCUUGAGGACCCUGCCCCACUGGUUGGUAAAGGGCCUGCAUCCAAUCUCCACCCAUCCCCUCCCCUAACCCCAUCCCGGGGUAGCUUCUUGUUUCCGUAUGAACAUGAACCAAUAAACCCUGUAUUCUGCA